UCGAUGCUUUUCAAAUGGGAAGAUGGCAAGCCCGGCGACCGCGGUCUCCCUUGGAUCUGUAAAUGAACGCCGUUUGAGACCCGUUUACGAACAUCUUGACAUUGGAAACAACAAAUCAGCUCUUCAUGAAGCAGAAAAAGUUUUAAAGAAACAGAAAGAUUUAUCAGCAGCCAAGGUAUUGAAAGUCAUUGCGCUGAAUCGUCUUGGACGCAGAGAUGAGGCUUUUGCAUUAUCACAAGAAGUUGCAGCUCUGGGUCCGACAGAUGAAAACAGUUUGCAAGGACUGAGCCUGUAUUAUAGAGAGACACACAGACAUGACUUAAUUCCUCCCAUUUAUGAGUCUGCAGUUUCAAAAUGUGUCGGGAACGAAGAAUAUCUCACACAUUUAUUCAUGUCCUAUGUGAGAACAGAGAAACCAAAGGAUAUGCAAAGGGUUGCCAUUUUACUUUACAAACAUCAUCCGAAGAAUCCUUAUUUAUUCUGGGGCAUCAUGGCGAUAGUAAUGCAGGCCCUCAAUGAUGAAAAACUUGGGAAGAUGAUGUUCUUGCCCCUUGCAGAAAGAAUGAUUGAAAAACAUAUUGAGAAAGGAAAAAUAGAGGCCGAAGCGGAAGUCCGACUGUAUCUAAUAGUCCUAGAAAUGUUGGAAAAACAUGAAAAGUGUUUGGAAGUUUUGGAAGGAAAGCAUGCAAGAUAUUUCACGCUGGAAGGGGAAGAAAUCAGCAUCCUGAAAACUAACAUUUACAAAAAAUUAGGAAAAUGGGAAAAAAUUAAUUCAAGAAAUAAAGUAUUAUUGAAAAAAGAGCCUGACACUUGGAAUCACGUUAUCGGUUAUCUCGACUCUCUGGAACGUCUAGUGGACAAUGAAUCGAAAGAAGAAAAUUCAAAUGCAGAUGAUGCAGGAACAAGUUCCGAGGAUGCUGACCACAAGUGGGAGCAAGCAGUCGAUUUAUUCCUUCAACUCCUUGAAAGUGAGAGAAGUUCAAAUGCAAAGAGAACGAGACGAGGACCUUUCUUAGCUGUGUUGGAAUUGCACAAGAGAUUAAAGUUGAUGACUGAGAAAGAUGAAUCCAUUUCAACAUUACUUGAAAGAACUGGCAAUCCUGUUGAACUGAUUAUAGAAUUUGUUGAAUUAUUUUCAUCAAAGCCUUGUUGUUUCGGGGAUUUGGAGCCGUAUGUCGUAUCUUUGGAAUCUGAAGGGAAAAAUGAGCUCCUGUUAAAAAUAAAUGAAAAAGUUCUUUCAUUCAUCCUGAAUGAGAAUGAAACGGAUGAAACUGAAAACGAUGAUAAACUGAAAGAAAAGAAAAUACAGGAACAUUUAUUUUAUCUGGAAAUGCAAAGAUUUCUUGGUCACCAUGAAGCAUUGAAGAAAGCAGACAAGAUUGAAGUUGUUACAGAUUUAUUGAAGAGAUAUGACCAAGGGUUGAAGCAUAGUUCUUAUCGUCCAGUUACCGAUGUCAGAGUAGUUGAUGAUUAUCUACUUCUUGCAGCGAAUAUUAUGAUCGAUUUGUACAAAGAAGAAGAUGAUCUCGAGCAUUUGUGGAAAGCGAUCUAUAUUCUUGAGUUGGGAAAGCAACGUAGCACGAUCAACUUUCGAAUCAAGUUUACGCUGAUUAGGCUGUAUUGUGAGAUCGGAAUAUUCAUGCCUUGCGCUCAGAUCUACGAUUCGCUGGAUAUAAAGCACAUGCAACAAGAUACUUUAGGUUAUAUAGUUUGCCACGCAGUGUCUUCAUUCGGCCACUAUCAACUUGCAUCUCAGGCAUUCGAAGCCUCUCGUGCGUUCUUUAUUUCAAACAACAAAGAUUCGUUGGAACUCCUGAUUGCCUGCUUUAGGAAUGGGACUUUCCAUAAGGUCUCAGAAUUCAUUUCAUUCCGAAACCAUGUCAAGGAUUCUCUCCAUUCUGCUUUAACAACAACAGAACACACUUAUAUGGACCUGGUCACGCAGGGAGAUCUUGACAUCCCAUACUAUGACCUGAUUGAGACAUGUUGUCUUCCUGAUGAAAGAUUCAAUUUUGAGAUACUCACUGAUAACAGGGAUUUUAGCAUCAGAUUUGAUUGGAUGCCAGAACAUAAGCAGCUGAAGAAAUCGCACACUGACGUGAGCUUUACUCUUGAAAAGCAUUGGUUGCGAUUUCGGGAACUACAAGUUCGGUCCAUCCUUGAAUUAUUAAAACUUGCUUCACAGUCAAAGACAUUAGGAGAUAGUGGGCUAGAAACAAUGAAUUCAUUUCUGAAAGAACUGGAAGAAAUUGUUGAAAACACAAAGAACGAUCCUGGGAUAUCUGUGGAGUUUCCAUUCCACGGGCCUCCUCGGUCAAGAAUUCAAUUGUUAUUGGAAGUCAAAUAUCAAGACACGACUGUGACAUUGCUUAGGUUGUUUCAUAAACUUCUUGCCGAAAUAAUAAAUCCGGAAUCAGAAAAAGAUUUAAAAAAAGUUUCAGAAUCUCUGAUUUCAGGAAUUGAAGAUGCUCUAUCAUUAACUGGUCUAACAGCCAUGGGUGACACUCUACCAAAUGCAACAAAGAAAAGCAAUAAGAAAAAAACAGUGAAGCAUGACCAUUGUCAUGGUGACUGUGACCAUGAUGACAAUGAUUCAGUAUGUGUGACAUCGUCUCCAGAAAAAACUGUCGAGUCAGCUGUAAAUUUAAUUGUUCCGAAUUCUUUGAAAGAUGUAAAAAGAUAUAAAUUAGAAAGACUUGUCGCAACUUGUGAAUUGUUCAGUCUAUCCGUUCUCCUGACGAAUAAUUUUUCAUCGCUAAUCACGGAAGUUCGUUCAGAAGCAAUUAAAAAACGUCGAAGGAAAAAAGGCAAACAGGCACCCAUGCCCUCAAUCAUCAAUUUCUAUCAAGAAUUUGUAUCCAAACUCAAGAAGCUGGGACAAAAACUAUUGUCUGCAAUUGAACAGAUGUCCGCUGAUGCAGAAACUAUGAUCCUUGACCUUUCCAAGAUGGAUGGGGUCGAAGGUGAAACAGAGAAAUUAGCAAAUGGAGAAGUAAAACCUAUGCAACAAAGCAAUGGAGAAACAGAGAAGACGACGCCCACAACCACACCCCUUCCUGACCAACUUGUCCAAUUAGCAUCAGACAGUAUUUUGAAUUCAACCAAUCAGCUUUCAGAGAUUAUUCAAGGUCGUCUAGGAAAUUUGAAGGCCAUCAAAGUUUAACUUAAAAUCAUAUCAGUGAAGAUUUUCCAUCCAAGAAUGAAGUUCCAGCUCUUUGUAUUUUCAUCGUCAGACGUUCACGCUUCCUCACGGAACAAGAAAACAAUAUUCAAGCUUCCUAGAAGUUUCUUCUGUUCUUGUUUCCUAUACUUCACCAUCGCUGAAUUUUUAAUGCCUAUUUUGAGAGUAUUUUUGAAAUAUGGCUCAAACAUAUCGGUUUACAUCUUGAAAUAUAUCAUUACUUCCUACGCUUUGAAAAAACACUGACAGCUAAUUUUUGAAGCUUGUUGUGUCCCAUGUUUGUUUGCUGCAACAAACUAGAACACUUUAAAGAACAAUAGGACAGUUCUUAAAUUUAUGGAAACAAAACUCAAAACUGACAAAUAGCACUCUGAAAUAGCAAACUUAUCUGAGUGAAAAAGUGUCUGAGCGGCUGCACAAAUUUCAAUUGUUACGUCACGCUUCACUUACUGCUAAGUAGAACUUGGUGCUCUGGUAAUCUUCCGUUAUUACUCCUCUAGGCCAGGGGUGUGCAACCUCCAAUUUUGGAUGGUGUGCUUCCCGCGAAACGAGUUUUAAUCUGGCACGAGCGAGUAAGCCAAUACCUGUGCCUGAGUCUAAUUUAUUAUCUAUGCCUAUGCUGUUUUGAUGCUCUAACAGCUGGCUUGUUCGAAGCGAACAACGUGUUUCAUAUGGUUUCACCCAGUAAUUGCAUCGGGCCCUCCUGUAUUAAAGGUUUCACGGCCCUGAUCUAGAUCAGUGUCUCCCAAUAUUUUUGGUGACAGACCCCUGUAACCCUUUUAACUAAAACAAGACCUAAUAUAGAAUAUUUUGUGUUCAGCAUCAAUAUUCCAUUAUUUCACAAUGUACUUCAAAUCGUGAAUUAUUGAAUUUGGUAUCUCCUAGUAGCAAUUUGGCUGAAAGAGAGAUUCUCAUUCACAAAAAAUGGGUUGUGGCAGUUGACAAUAAGUUGUGAAAAAGAUUCUCCAUUUGCACUUUAAAUUUCACCCUAUUAUUACUGUUUUGUGCUAUUUUUGGGAUGAGAACUUUUUAACAGUCUCGAACAACUGCACCCAGCUUUAUAUUCAUUUGAUAUGAAUUGCAAUAAAGAUUAUUUUGAGGUCUGAUUUGAUA